GCUGGGGACGGCAGAGCUGAGAUGUACAGCAGGUCUCUCUCUUCACGGUUCCACUGCACCCCGUCUGAUGCUUGGGAAACUGGCCUGAUUCUCCCUUUGUCUCCCUUCCAAGUGAAAAUCGCUACCAAGGCAAUUGCAAUGGAUGGGACGACACUGAAACCCGACAGCGUCCGGUUCCAGCUGGAGACGUCGCUGAAGCGGCUGCAGUGCCCCCGCGUGGACCUCUUCUACCUGCACAUGCCCGACUACAGCUCCCCGCUGGAAGACACGCUGCGCACCUGCAACCAGCUGCACCAGGAGGGCAAGUUCGUGGAGCUGGGCGUCUCCAACUACUCCUCCUGGCAGGUGGCCGAGAUCUGCACCCUGUGCAGGAGCCGCGGCUGGAUCCAGCCCACCGUGUACCAGGGCAUGUACAACGCCACCACCCGCCAGGUGGAGAAGGAGCUGUUCCCGUGCCUCAGGCACUUUGGGAUGAGGUUCUAUGCCUUCAACCCUUUGGCUGGGGGCCUGCUGACCGGCAGGUACAAGUAUGAGGACCAGUAUGAAAAAAAGCCGGAGGGCCGCUUCUUUGGGAAUAGAUGGUCUGAGUUGUACAUGAAUUGCUACUGGAAGGAGGAGUACUUCAAGGGCAUCACCCUGGUAGAGAAGGCCUUGCAGGCUGCGUAUGGCAACAGCGCCCCCAGCAUGACCUCGGCCGCCCUGCGGUGGAUGUACCACCACUCCCAGCUGCAGGGCGCCCACGGGGACGCGGUCAUCCUGGGCAUGUCCAGCCUGGCGCAGCUGGAGCAGAACCUGGCAGCCGUGGAGGAAGGGCCCCUGGAGCCGGCCGUCGUGGAGGCCUUCGAGCGAGCCUGGCACCUGGUUGCCCACGACUGCCCCAACUACUUCUUCUAGGCCGCUCGCGGCUCAGCUGCCGCGGCCCUUCUAUAAGUGCCUUCUCUGCCCCUUCAUCCCUCCUCCCCCCCGCCAGUCUCUGCCUUAGCUGAGGCCUCCAGACCCUCGGGGUCCAUGCGCUCCCUCUCCCCCGCCCUGGCCUGUGCCUUCGCAGUGUGGGCGGCCAAGGCCGAUCCUGCACGAGCUUGGCCUGCUGAGUGAGGCGGGCCCUUCCCUGGUGCAGCCCUGCCCAGGUGAACCCCAACCUCGUCUCCUCUGCAGCCCGCCCUGGGCCUGAGCGGGGGCUGAGCCAGGCGCUGGGUCUGAGAGGGCAGACGCGGUGGGAGGGGUCCCCAGGUCUCCUGGUCCCGGUGCCGGCUCCAGCCUGACCGCUCAGCAGUGGCUGCGGGGCCUCAGUCCACCCCGGCCGCAGGGUGCCUCUCCCUCAGGAGCCUCGCCCGGUCCUUGGAAAUGGGACCUCGGGGACAAGUCCCCCGUGAGCCUCACCAGCAAGGACAAGGCCCCUCAGGAGGCCUGGCCCCUUUGUCCCUGUCCCUGUCUCGGCCCUGGCUUCACUCUCACCCCAGCUGAAGCCCCUGUCCUGCCCUCCCUAAGACUCGGCCUGGGCCCUGGUCUCCUUCGCUUGGGGUGGGGCACAGGCAGCCGGGUCCCGUGGCCUCUGCCAGUCCCUGGAGGCUGGUGGUAGAGGCCCAGGCCUGCUGGUGGCUGUUUGCCCAUCCCCUGCAUCUCCCUGCUUAGACUCCCUCCAGACCUAGGCUGGGAUGCGGCUUCAAGUACAUAUUAAGGGCCGCAGUGCAGGCAGCCAGCACUUGGCGCUGUCUCUUAAAAUCCUAAAAGGGCUCGCUUGGAAAUGCAGACCCUGUCAUGAAUGUAUAAAACUCUGAUCUCAGAGGCUCCUGGCCUCGGAUCAGCCCAGCUCCAGUCGUGGCAGCCACUUGGGAGUGAACCAGGGGAUGGAAGAUCUCUCUCACUCUCUGCCUCUGCCUCUCUGUAACUGUUUCAAAUAAAUAAAGGAAUAUUUAAAAAAUGAAAGAGAGAGAGAGAGAGAGAGAGAGAGAGAGAGAGAGAGAGAGAGAGGUGGCCCUCCUGUUUCCUCUGUAGCCGAAGUCCCCGGCGUGAGCGGUGCAUCACGGCUGCUGAGUGGCUUAAUUCGAUGAAGUGGCCCCGUUGAUGCAACCCUUAAAAAAAACCCUUCCCAGCUUUUCUCUUAGAGAAAUUGUGCAACGAACUGAUCCCAAGACUCACAUGGAAAUUCCAGGGACCCGGAGUAGCACAGUGAUGUGCAAAAAGCGAGUUGGAAGGCUGCUGUCUCCUGAUUUGGGACUUGCUAGAAAGCUACAGUGAUGACAGUGUGGUGUGGGCACAAGGACAGAGGUGACUCAGAGCGGCAGGCAGGGUCCUGAAACUCCUCUGCACGCGGCCUGUGAGUUGAUUCGGGCGUCACGCCCACUCGGUGGGGGCAGAAUCGUCCUCGUCGCGCGGAGCUGGGCCAGCUGGGCGUCCUCACUCAGAAGCUGCGGGUUGGAGGCCUUGCAGACCAGUCGCCCAGAUGAACUCCAGACGGACUGAACCCCCAAGUGGAAGGGCUAAAAUUCUAAAACUGUAAGGAGAAAGCAUAGGAGUAAAUCUCCAUGACCUUGGGCUACACAGUGGCUUCUUAGCUGAGACACCAAGAGCCCAAACAAGGAAAGAAAAAUGAGAAGCACUGGACACUAAGUGAUGGAACAAGGACAUGAGCCUCCGCCCUGCUCCCUCAUUGCCCAAAGGAGAUAAACCCUGGGGCGCACUCCUCGCCCUUGAACCUCAGCUGGGUCUCACACCCUAUUGCCUUCAUACAUCAACCCCCACGGCCACCUGAAAGACCAGUUCCAGGAAUUCCCCUCUGCCUGCUGCUCCCUACCCCACCCCCAGCCCCAGCCCUCCUAAAAUAUAAAAAAGCCCGGCCCCUAGGGGUCGGGGCCUUCCGCCACGUGCUCCAUCUUGUACACGCGGGCAGUGGGUCACCCACCUCUGCGGAUUUAUUUUCUCUGAAUAAAUUCGG